CUUCGGACUGUUUGAUACCGUGUUCAAAAUUGGCAAUAAAUAUUCGUUUGAAAAAUACAGUGUUCAUUUCGCGAUGUAGUGGAUUUUUGGAUUUUACCAUGAUGGGUCUUCUUUCCUAUAACUCUGUUUUCCUAUUCUAUUUUCUUUCAAUCAAUCCAUCGUCAUAUUUUGCAUGGGUAACAUCACCAUCACCGACAGCAACAACAACAACCACAGCAGCAGUCAUACCGUGUGCAAACCCUGCAGCAGCGCCGGAUGCUACGUUCAGCCCUGUAUCCGGUCCUUAUGUGGAAGGCGACACAGUGACCUACACGUGUAGCACCGGAUAUGCAAAAACCGCCGGGGAUCUCGUGCACACGUGCACUUCCGGAGCAUGGACGGGAACGCUCCCUACUUGCAGUAUACUGACAUGCGUGCCUGCCAGCGUGCCCAACUCCAGCAAGUCACCUGACCAAGCCACCUACGACUAUGCUACAAGCGUGACAUAUUCGUGUACCACGGGGUAUGAACAUACAGGCGGUGAUCUCACGAGGACAUGUCAGGCUGAUACCACGUGGUCUGGAACCACGCCUGCUUGCUCACUAAUUACAUGCGUGCCUGCCAGCGUGCCCAACUCUAGCAAGUCCCCUGACCAAGCCACCUACGACUAUGCUACAAGCGUGACAUAUUCGUGUACCACGGGGUAUGAACAUACAGGCGGUGAUCUCACGAGGACAUGUCAGGCUGACACCACGUGGUCUGGAACCACGCCUGCUUGCUCACUAAUUACAUGCGUGCCUGCCAGCGUGCCCAACUCUAGCAAGUCCCCUGACCAAGCCACCUACGACUAUGCUACAAGCGUGACAUAUUCGUGUACCACGGGGUAUGAACAUACAGGCGGUGAUCUCACGAGAACAUGUCAGGCUGACACCACGUGGUCUGGAACCACGCCUACUUGCUCAAUUAUUACUUGCGUGCCUGCCAGCGUGCCCAACUCUAGCAAGUCACCUGACCAAGCCACCUACGACUAUGCUACAAGUGUGACAUAUUCGUGUACCACGGGGUAUGAACAUACAGGUGGUGAUCUCACGAGAACAUGUCAGGCUGACACCACGUGGUCUGGGACAACGCCUACUUGCUCAAUUAUUACAUGCGUACCUGCCAGCGUGCCCAACUCCAGCAAGUCACCUGACCAACCCACCUACGACUAUGCUACAAGCGUGACAUAUUCGUGUACCACGGGGUAUGAGCAUACAGGCGGUGAUCUCACGAGAACAUGUCAGGCUGACACCACGUGGUCUGGAACCACGCCUACUUGCUCAAUUAUUACAUGCGUGGCUGCCAGCGUGCCCAACUCUAGCAAGUCACCUGACCAAGCCACCUACGACUAUGCUACAAGCGUGACAUAUUCGUGUACCACGGGGUAUGAACAUACAGGCGGUGAUCUCACGAGAACAUGUCAGGCUGACACCACGUGGUCUGGAAACACGCCUACUUGCUCAAUUGUUACAUGCGUACCUGCCAGCGUGCCCAACUCUAGCAAGUCACCUGACCAAGCCACCUACGACUAUGCUACAAGUGUGACAUAUUCGUGUACCACGGGGUAUGAACAUACAGGCGGUGAUCUCACGAGAACAUGUCAGGCUGAUACCAUGUGGUCUGGAACCACGCCUACUUGCUCAAUUAUUACAUGCGUGCCUGCCAGCGUGCCCAACUCUAGCAAGUCCCCUGACCAAGCCACCUACGACUAUGCUACAAGUGUGACAUAUUCGUGUAACACGGGGUAUGAACAUACAGGCGGUGAUCUCACGAGAACAUGUCAGGCUGAUACCAUGUGGUCUGGAACCACGCCUACUUGCUCAAUUAUUACUUGCGUGCCUGCCAGCGUGCCCAACUCUAGCAAGUCCCCUGACCAAGCCACCUACGACUAUGCUACAAGUGUGACAUAUUCGUGUACCACGGGGUAUGAACAUACAGGCGGUGAUCUCACGAGAACAUGUCAGGCUGACACCACGUGGUCUGGGACCACGCCUACUUGCUCAAUUAUAACAUGCGGCGCGCCUGCCAAUGCAGCGUUUGCUACGUACACAGCGGUUCAAGCGUCUUACAUCUACUCGGAGUCGGUCACGUACGUUUGUGACACCGGAUAUUGGAUCACGGCUGGCGACGUCACGCGCACCUGCACUGUUGGUUCGGUGUUCACUGGAACUCCUCCCACAUGCACUUACAUAACUUGCGGUGCGCCCACGCCAAUAUCUUUCGGAGCGUUCACGCCUGUGCAAGCGACUUACAACUACGGCGAGGCUGUGACUUACACGUGUGAUACCGGAUAUGAGCCUUUUUCCGGAGACUUUUCGCGCGCAUGCUCAGACGGAUUCCUUUGGAGCGGAGAUGACCCUGUGUGUACAAUCAAAACUUGCGCGCCUGCGGCUGUGCCUAGCUCUAGCAAGUCCCCGGACCAAGUCAGCUACGACUAUGCUACGAGCGUAACGUAUAAUUGCCUUACCGGAUAUAUACAUUCGGCUGGUGACCUAACGAGGACGUGUCAGGCUGACACCACGUGGUCUGGAACCACGCCCACUUGCUCAAUGAUAACUUGUGUACCGUCCGCUGACGUUCCAAACUCGACAAAGGACACGGCUCAAGGCAGCUACAACUACGGUGACACAGUGACGUACACAUGUGACACGACGUACCAGAUGACGUCAGGAACAGCAACGCGCACCUGCAACAACCCUGACACGUGGUCUGGCACGCUUCCAACAUGCACAUUGAUUACAUGUUCAACUGCCCCCGCGCUGGGUAGUUUCGUUUCCAUGACUACCACGGCUGCUGCAAUGUAUUACCAUGGCGACCAGGUGGUACACGAGUGUAUUACCGGAUAUGAGGUUGUUUCCGGCACGGCAACGAGAACCUGCGUGCAGAUCGAAUCCUGGGACGGGACUGAGCUCACGUGCACUAUAAAACAGUGCGACAAGAUCGCAGUGUCCUUCGCAGCGGCGUCUCCGGACCAGGCCAAGUACGACUACGCAACGAGCGUCGCUUACACAUGCUUCAUUAACUACAACCACACGGCCGGAGACCUCACUCGCACGUGCGACGAUACACCAGCCUGGGACGGCAGUCUGCCCACGUGCACCAUUGCCGCCUGUCUCCCUCCGCCAACCACAACCAUGGGAACGUUCGCGCCAACGGAGACAAUUUAUCAGUUUGGCACGAACGCAACGUACACCUGCACCGUCGGGUAUUACAUCAGUGCUGGUGAUGACACGCUUGAUUGCCAAAAUGACGGCACGUGGUUGGGAACAGCUCCAACGUGCUCAUUGGUCAGGUGCAGUACAGAGGCUGUUGGGAACGCGACGUUUACGCCUAACGUGGCAUUGGUCGACUACAAUAAUGCGGUGACGUACACGUGUGACCUCGCCUACAACCACACUUUCGGUGACUUGACGCGCACCUGCCAGCCAGACUUCUCGUGGUCCGGUUCCACGCCUGUUUGUACGAGAUCAGCAUGUAUUCAGGAGGAUUCAACAUAUAUGACUUCGAUUCCCGACCAAGUUCUGCACAAUUUUGGCGGGAUUAUUGAUUACACUUGUAACCUAGGAUACAACCACAGUUCUGGUGACGUCAAUCGCACCUGCCUUCCCAGCGGUCUCUGGUCAGGGGUACUUCCGGAUUGUGUCAUCAUAACAUGCCUGGUUCCGGACGCCCCUUCUUACUCGAGCAUAUCUUCCGUGGCAACGGAAGUGAACUACAACACGUCAAUAACGUACACGUGCGACCUUGGCUACAACAGAACGAGCGGGGAUGCCACGCGGAGGUGCACGGAGCUCGCUACCUUUGAGGGAACGGAAUCCACAUGCACUAUUAUAACGUGCGCUCCUCCACCGGACGUUGCGUUUGCCACGUACACGCCCGUUGAACCCGGCGGCGAACAUAACUACAGCACCACAGUUACGUACGCAUGUGAUAAAGGCUACUGGCUGCUCAGCGGGGACCUCGCACAUACGUGCAACGAAUUUGCCGACUGGACGGACGUCACGCCUGUCUGCACAAUUGUCACGUGCCUGAAACCAACCGAGUCCUACAUAACGUUCUCACCUAACACGGCGACGUACGAUUUCAACACGACCGUAACUGGUACCUGCGUCAUUGGCUACAACCACACGGACGGCGACAAAACACGCACUUGUCAAAACACAUUCGAUUUCGACGGCUCACCGAUGAUCUGUACAAUUAUAACAUGCCUGGUUCCGGACGCCCCUUCUUACUCGAGCAUAUCUUCCGUGGCAACGGAAGUGAACUACAACACGUCAAUAACGUACACGUGCGACCUUGGCUACAACAGAACGAACGGGGACGCCACGCGGAGGUGCACGGAGCUCGCUACCUUUGAGGGAACGGAAUCCACCUGCACUAUUAUAACGUGCGCUCCUCCACCGGACGUUGCGUUUGCCACGUACACGCCCGUUGAACCCGGCGGCGAACAUAACUACAGCACCACAGUUACGUACGCGUGUGAUAACGGCUACUGGCUGCUCAGCGGGGACCUCACACACACUUGCAACGAAUUUGCCGACUGGACGGACGUUACGCCCGUCUGCACAAUUGUCACGUGCCCGAAACCAACCGAGUCCUACAUAACGUUCUCACCUAACACGGCGACGUACGAUUUCAACACGACCGUAACUGGUACCUGCGUCAUUGGCUACAACCACACGGACGGCGACAAAACACGCACUUGUCAAAACACAUUCGAUUUCGACGGCUCACCGAUGAUCUGUACAAUUAAGGAAUGCCUGACACCAGAUCCAGUGGAUCACACGAGCAUUACCAAUGCCAUUCCUGCAAACUACGUGUAUUUAAACACUAUCACCUACGCCUGUGUCAUAGGAUAUGAGCUCUCAAGUGGGGACCUGACGAGAACGUGCCAAGACUCGACUGCCUGGUCAGGGUCGGCACCAAACUGCACGAUUAAGAUAUGCACACCGCCACCAACAAUAACAUUCGGGAGUUACGACCCAGUAGAACCCAGCGGCGAACACGAAUACAAUACUAUUGUGAACUACACGUGCGACUUUGGGUACCACCGUUUAAGUGGCGACCCCGUCCGAACAUGCGACGACAACAAACAGUGGACUGGAACAACGCCGGUUUGUCAAAUUGUAACUUGCCCAAAACCAACCGAGUCCUACAUCACAUAUACGCCGGAUACGGCGACGUACGAUUUCAACACCACAGUAUCCGGCGCCUGUAUCCUUGGUUACAACCACACCGCCGGUGACGCCACACGGACAUGUUUAAAUACAUUUGACUUUGACGGAAUGCCGAUGAUUUGCAUAAUUGUUGAAUGUGCGGCUCUCCCUCUUCCGGCCCAUUCCUCUAUUACCAACACAGUACCCAGCAAGUAUGUGUACCAGGACGAUGUCACCUAUGCGUGCAACACUGGGUACGAACUGUCUGGGGGCGAUGUGGUUCGAACGUGUACGGAAACUAGUUUCUGGGACGGAACGGAACCAAACUGCACAAUUAUAUACUGUCCACCACCAUCGGCGGGCACACGGAAUACGUACUCACCUGUCCUCACAGAGCACGUCUGGUUGUCGAACGUAACGUAUACAUGUGAUUACGGGUAUGAGCACUUCAGCGGUGAUAUGUUGUCGAGGUGUCAAGAUGACAAAACAUGGUCCGCUGUUAUACCUGUGUGCACAAUCGUGAAGUGCAACAAGAUUGACGUUUCGUUCAUGACGUUUACCCCACCAACCGCGGCAACGCAUGACUUCAACACGACCAUUGUAUACUCGUGUGUGAUUGGCUACAACCACAGCGAGGGUGACCUUGUUCGCACUUGUAACGCUUCGGGUUACUGGACUGGAAUUACGCCCGCAUGCACGAUUAUCACAUGUGACCCACCUCCAACUUUACCCCACGCCAACUACACACCCUUCCUUGUUGAACACGACUGGAACACUGCAAUAACGUACACGUGUGAGGAGGACUACCACUAUUUGGGCGGCAGCUAUCAGUCCGUAUGCAAUGAGAGUGGCUCCUUUCCACCAUCUGAUCUGAAUUGCUCAGCACCCCAUUUUAUUAGCCUCGCUGUCGGAGAACCUUUGAUUACAUGGUUGAAUGCGACAGUCCCCUCGACCGUGGUUACUUAUGAUUUUGAUGGUUACUGUGAUGUCACGCUCACACAAAGUCCACCCAACAAACUGACAAUAAGCCGCACACUAGCUGGAAACCAGAUUCAGCUGAAUGUUGCCAAGAAAGGGGGAACGGCGCCCGGGGUUUACACAAUCUCCAUGAGCGCAUUUCGAGGUACUCGGACAUUCACAGGCGAAACGCGAGAAGUGUUUGUUGGCCAAGAAGUUAAGGAUUUACAGGCCUCUGUAGUUCCUGACUUCUACUACGUCGCCGUUGGCCCUGUCCACGCCUUCCAAGCAACGGUAACCACCGGUACUGACGUCACAUGUACCUGGGUUAUUGACGGUGACGUGAUUUCAAACUAUCAUGCGGGAUUUUUUUCACAGGACGACAUAACGUACACUUUUACGAGAGCUUCAGAAAACAUAAGCAUGAACUGUACAAAUUACAUCAGUUCAGAUUCAGUGGAUAUACCAAUCUCAGCAAUAUACGCGCUUAAUGGGCAACUAUGA